AUGGGAGGCGGGAAAAGAAGAAGCAAAGGCUGCAGAAGAAGCAAAGCACAAACAGAACGCAAACCAAACCCCAGAGGCCCCGGCCCCGCCUGCCUCUUCCCUUCUCCAGCCUCCGCAACCAGAGGAGCUGCCGCCACGUCCGCGCACUGCUCCAGCUUCUUCAUCAAGAGGAACAAGCAGACCUACAGCACCAAACACAGUGCUAUGAAGGCCCGCAACUCCUUCCGCUAUAGCGGGCUCAUUCACCGCAAGCCUGUGGGUGUGAAGCCGGCGGCAGAGAGCAAAGUGGUCAUCAUGGUGGUGAUGAAGCAGAGAUCCGGCCCACGAAAGCCGGCCACCCAUGUGCGGACCACCAUCAGCAACACCCCGGCCACCCUCAGCAGCAUCCGGCACGGGCUCCUAAAGGACAAGCAUCGCCCAGGUUUGCGCCUGGCCGCCGCCUGCAGAGCCAGCGCCAUCCUGCGCAGACAGAAGCCUCUGAUGGUGAAGAGGCAGCGGACCUGCCCCACCAACAGCGUCUGA